CUCUCUCUCUCUCUCUCUCUCUCUCUCUCAUGUUAUUACUCCUUCCCAUUUCACUAUCUCUCUCACUCUCCCAACCCAUUUUCACGAACCUGAAAAAACCUCAAACCACUCACUGACUUUUUCCAUCCAAGAUACUCAUCGUCGGAGAAAACCCUCAGAUUCCCCUCCACUUUUCACCGGAGGCCUUAUAUUCCGGCGACAUGGUGGCCCGGAACUCCUCCGAUUGGCUUCCUUCCGGCUGGACCGUCGACCUCAAAGUCCAAAAAUCCGGUCGCGAAAUUAGGUCAUACAAGAAUUUGGAAACUGGGCAGAAGUUCUUCUCCAAAGAAGAUGUUCUAAACUAUAUAAAAUCCAGAAGAAGUGACAGUGGAAAGCCUCAACCAACUAAUAGACGCAUCAAAAGGCACUCUAAAGUCAGUUCUAAGACAAUUGUGGUAAAAACAAAUGAACAUCCUGACUGGUUACCUAAUGAUUGGAAUGUGGAGGUUAGGACCCGUCACAGUGGUUCAAAAAUUGGAGCAAAAUACAAGUGUUACAUUGAUCCCUUGGCUGGAUGUAGAUUCUAUUCCAAGCCAGAGGUAUUGCGAUAUCUCAAAACUAUAAAGCGCAAAACCUCUACGUCCAAUAAGAGGAAGACAGAUAAUGGCAUAUCUUCGGUUGCGGUUGAGAAGCAUAAGGUGGAGGAUUUACCACGUGGGUGGAUAAAGGAAAUCAAGAUUAAAAAGAAUGCACAUGGAAUUAGAAGGGACCCGUAUUACACAGAUCCCAAAAGUGGAUAUGUUUUCCGCUCCAAAAAGGAUGUUUUGCGCUAUCUAGAAAGUGGAGAGAUUAGUAGACAUGCAUUGAAACCAAAGAAAAGUUGCAUUAACAAUGCAGAGUUGAUUAACAGUGAAAUAUCACCAUCAUCUGCAGCUAAAAGGCAGAAAUUAAAUCACCCAGCAACCAGACGGAGGCUUUUUGCAGGUAAGGGUAGUUCUGCUCUAUCAUUAGAAGGUAAGGGAACUUCUGCUCUAUCAAAAAAAGGUAAGGGAACUUCAGCUCUAUCAAAAAAAGGUAAGGGAAGUUCUGAUAAGAGCAGCUUAGAAGCAGCUGAAGGCAAGAGCACAAACAGAGGGCAAGGAAAUAAAGUAUCUGCUGAACAGGAAGAUGCUUUUGCUCCCACAACUCAGAUUGUCCAAGACAAGAAUUUGAUAGGGAACACAAAUGAGUUCGCUGAAAUCAAGGAAAAUUCAAAUCCGGGCAGGUCAGCAUUGCCUAAAGCUAAUGGAUCCCAGAGAAAAGGUCAACCAGAAAGUCUCCCUGCUAAAUCUGAGCCUGUUUUAACUCCUACAGCUAAUACCCUGCAAGAGAAGAAUGGCUUUGAGAAUGUGAAGGAAAAGAGAAGCACUAGGAAAAAUCUGAUUAACUCGAGCAAAUCCAGGAAGAAGAAAGAGUUUAAUUUGCCUUUUCGGUCUUCGAAACGACUUGCUGGGCUUGAACCUGAGCAGAUUGUCAACUCAGUUUCCAGUCACCAAGCUUUUCAAGUUUCAAGUACGAAGUUUGGUGAAAGUGGAACCAGUCCAGAUGCAUGUUUGGCCACAAAUAGUUUGUCAAAUGAAGCAUCUCAGCAGUUCAAGGAUGAGCAAGGAACAAUGAAUGCACCUCAAUCUUCUCUGGACAUGAAUGAUGGAUUACAUGGAGAGCCAUCAGAAAAGAGCAAAGAGCCUCAUAAAAAAAACCAAGCUGCUAACAUAGAGCAACUGGAGAUGCUGGAAACUGAAAAAGUGGAUGAGGAGAAACUAGAAGAACAGUGCUGUUUGGUUGAGAAUUCUUGGUCAGACCCAUGCCUAGAAUUUGCAAUCAAGACUCUUACAGGUGCAUUACCACUGGAGAGCACUUCUAAUGAUGGGCAUGUUUUGAUGCCUUCAGCUGACAUCCCACAAAUAGAAAACUCCCUUGAGGAUGGAAUAAAAAAGAGCAGCAAUAGAAAAACUCAGGUCAACUUGAAGAAAUCCAUGAAUAAGAAAGAGCUUAACUUGCCUUGUCGGUCUUCAAAACGAGUUUCUGGAUUUGAACUUGAGAUAAUGGCAAACACCAUUUCCAGUGAACAAGCUCUUCAAAAUACAAGUAGAGAGACUUGUGAAAGUGAAGCCACUGUACCUUUGGUUUUGGCAGAUGGAGCAUCUCAGCAGCUUGAGGCUGGACUUCACAUGGAGUUUGCACAUCAUGCUUCUACCAUCAUAGACACUCCAUUACUUGGAGAUUCAUCAAACAAGAGCGAAAAGACUCCUGCAGUUGAAGUCCAAGUUGUUCCUGAAGAGCAACUGCAGUUGCCUGAAACUGAAAUAAUGCCAGAACCACAGGAGCUACCCUUUCCCUUCAGUGAUUCUUGGUCUGACCCAUGCCUAGAAUUUGCAUUCAAGACUCUCACAGGUGCAAUACCUGUGGAAGAUAAUUUGGCACAAGGAUACUUCCAGGAAGAACUUGACAUCUCUCACACGAGGAGGGAUAGUGGUUUGGCAUUGCCAGAUUUUGGCUCACACAACUUUUUCCAAAAUGAUAUUACUUCUCAUUUUGAUCUACCAGAAAAAUCUGAGACAGGACAUCAACCAUCCAUGAGUUCUUCACUCUCUACCCCAGGAACUGUGAGCUUGCCGAGUUGCAGUGGAAUUGGUUCUCAGCCUUGCUUGGAGGGCAAUAAGGACCUUCAUGGAAAGGUUAACUCUUAGAAAAAAAGAUACCUACUUCGUUGGGGUAAUCAGCAGUACUCUACUUUUUGAAUCCCAGCGAAGUGCCCCUCGCAAUUUGUCUUUUGUAAUGUUUGUAAUUAGACCAAGAUGGUCUGUUUUAUAUGCUUAGAAGAUCUAGGAGCCAUAAAAAAGAAAGAAAGAAUUUGAGUCACUCUUAACUGUUGUAAGAAUUUUUCUUUCGUUUUUUUUCUUUGGGCCAAAUGAUCAUCAGGUUAUUAACUCAUUAUUUAAAUGUUACUGACAAAUUCUGAAUCUGAAUGAAAAUUAGAGUGUGUUUGAAUAUU